AUGACCAUGUUCGCUUUGUUCGAGCUCAUUACAGCCCCUGACUUGGCACCCUACCGCGUUCCUCGUCAGCAAACGGAUGGCAGUGCCGGGAAGUCGUGCCUCACACAAGAGAGCGAGCUCGCCGGACAGACGACAGACGAUGGAGAAAGGGAGAACAAAGGCGACAUGUUAGAAGCGAUGUUCGCCAAUCCUCCCCUCGUCGUCUUUCUGGUUGUGUUCAUUAUCUUGGGUAGCUUCGGCAUCAACGGUCUUCUCGUGGCCCUCAUCAACGAGAGCAUUCUGGAGAAGAACCAGGCACGCAUCGAAGCGGACCGAAUGGACCGCGAAACAAAGCGCAAGACCAUGCAGCAGCGGUGUGGGGAGCUCUUCGACGAGAUGGACAUGAACAGGAACCGCGUACUGCCUCGCGACGAGAUCAAGCAAUGCACGGAGCAGAUUGCCGAGCUUCUCGAAAGCUAUGGGGUGAACUUUCAGCGAGCAGAUUUGGACCAGAUGUUCUAUGUCAUGGACUACAGUGACACAGGCAUCAUCGAGCGGUCCGAGUUCAUCCAGGGUGUGGUGGGGCUGUGCGAUCAGAUCCGGCCAAUGUCCAUCAUGGAGCUCCACUAUCAG